AUGCCGUCGCCCGUCCGCAUUGCUGGCACGGUCCUGGUCGUUGCCGCCGCCGCCGCCGGCGGAUAUGGGCUCGGGUCGAGGCUCGUCAGGUCCCGCAACGCCGCCCUGGGCGGAGCGGUGUUGGUCGGGGCGGCCGGCGCGGGGGCAGCCUACGCCCUGAAUAGCUGUGUGCCCGAGGUUGCAGCCGCCGGUUUGCGCAAUUACGUGGUGGGCUGUGACGAUCCUUGGGCUAUCAAGAAGGAGGAGAUUGACGCCAUUGCUAACAAAUAUGGUAUUAGCAAGCAGAAUGAGGAGUUCAAUGCGGAGCUUUGUGAUAUUUAUUCCCGGUUCGUCUCUUCUGUUCUUCCUCCUGGAAAUGAAGACCUCAGAGGUGAUGAAGUUGAUACCAUCAUUAAAUUCAAAAAAACAUUGGGCAUUGAUGACCCAGAUGCAGCAGCCAUGCACAUGGAGAUUGGUAGGCGCCUUUUCAGGCAAAGACUUGAAACUGGAAAUCGUGAAGCUGAUAUGGAACAACGUCGGGCAUUUCAGAAGCUAGUAUAUGUCUCGAAUCUUGUAUUUGGAGAAGCAUCUGGUUUCUUGUUACCUUGGAAACGUGUGUUCAAGGUCACUGAUGCUCAGGUAGAGAUUGCUGUCCGGGAUAAUGCUAAAUGGUUGUAUGCUGUCAAGCUUGGAUCGAUCUCCCAAGAUAUCGAUGUGAAUGAGCUGAUCAGGCUUAGAGAAGCCCAACUUCUUUAUCGACUUUCUGAUGAGCUUGCUGAAGACAUGUUCAGGGAGCAUACAAGAAGGAUCGUUGAGCAAAAUUUAUCAGUAGCCAUCAGUGGAUUACAGUCCAGAAAUAGUGCAGUGAAACGUGGAAUUGAGGAGCUUGAUAAGAUAUUAGCUUUUAAUAAUAUGCUAAUCUCACUUAAAAGCCAUCCUGAUGCCAGUCGCUUUGCUCGUGGUGUUGGGCCUGUAUCUUUAAUAGGUGGGGAGUAUGAUGGUGAUAAAAAGAUACAGGAUUUGAAACUUCUUUACAGAACGUAUUUGACAGAUGCUUUAUCAGAAGGUCGCUUGGAAGAAAACAAGCUUGCUGCACUAAACCAACUUAGGAAUAUAUUUGGUCUAGGGAAACGAGAAGCAGAGACAAUUUCGCUAGAAGUUACUGCACAGGCGUAUCGUAGACGUCUUCAGCAGGCUGUAUCUGGCGGUGAUCUAAAGAAUGCAGAUAGUAAAGCAGCCUAUCUUCAAAAUCUAUGUGAAGAGCUGCACUUUGAUCCGCAGAAGGCCAUAGAAAUUCAUGAAGAAAUUUACCGGAGGAAGCUUGGCAAGUUGGUAGCUGCUCAAGGCGAACUCAGUGAUGACGAUGUGGAUACCUUGGAACAGAUACAAAUAAUGUUCUGCAUUCCAAAGGGAACUGUUGAAAAAGCUCAUUCAGAUAUCUGUGGCAGAUUGUUUGAUAAGCUCGUCAGGGGAGCAGUUUCUGCAGGCGAAAAAGGAUAUGACGCGGACACUAGAAAGGCCAUCAGAAAGGCUGCCUUUGGUUUGCGCUUAACCAGGGACAUGGCAAUGACUAUUGCUAGUAAAGCAGUUCGCAAUAUGUUCAUCAGCUUCAUCGAAAGUGCUGAGGCAGCCAAGGACCGAGACGAUACAGCCAUGGAACUGAAGAGGAUGAUAAUUUUCAACAAGUUAGUUGUUACUCCACUAAUCGCUGACAUCAAAGGCAAGGACUCUCCCGAUACCCCUCCACAGGAAGACCUAAAACCCGAACAAACAUUGGAUAUUGAUGAGGAAUGGAAAUCCCUGGCAUCGAUCAGCAAAGUGCUCCAGAGCAGGGAUGCCCCCACCUUUGGAAAUCCAAUCCAAAAGGACAUAAACCUCAAGGAUGACCUUCCGGAGAGGGAAAGAGUCGAUCUUUACAAGUCCUACCUGCUAUAUUGUCUCUUAGGUACAGUUAACAAGGAGCAAUUUGGCCAGAUCCCAGUAGAGGUGGAUGAUACCGAGUACAUCAGUUUAAACCAGUUAGGUGAUAUACUCGGUUUGACCGACAAGGAAAUUGUCAAGGCACACGCUGGGUUAGCCGAGGAGAGCUUCAGGCGGGAAGCUGAGAUCUUGUUAGCCGAUGGGCAAUUGACCCAAAAGAGGAUGGAGCAAUUGGACAAGCUGCAGAAGAAUUCGGGACUGCCGCCCCAGUAUGCGCAGAAGGUCAUUAAGAGCAUAAUGAGUACGAAAUUGUCGAUGGCUCUCGAGACAGCUGUCAGCCGGGGGAAGCUCAGCGUAAAAGAAAUUAGGGAUUUGAAAGAAAAUGGGGUUGAUGUGGACAACAUGAUCACCGAGAGUUUACGAAAGAGUAUAUUCAGGAAGACGAUGGAUAAUAUUUUCUCGUCCGGCACUGGGGAGUUCGACGAGGAGGAGGUGUAUGAGAAAAUCCCAAAAGAUCUCAACAUUGAUGCCGGGAAGGCCAAGGGAGCUGUUAAAGAGCUAGCUCGGACUAGGAUGCCAAACUUGCUCGUUCAGGCGGUGGCACUUCUUAGGCAGAAAAACCUUGCAGGGGUGGUUAAUUCCAUCAAUAACAUCUUAGCCUGUGACAAGGCUGUACCCUCGACUCCACUGUCGUGGCAGGCCCAGGGGGAACUUAAUGACCUGUUUGCCGUGUACCUGAAAAGUGAUGCGACUUCUGAAAACGUAGACAGAGUAAAGUACCUACUGAACAUCAGUGACUCAGUAGUGGAAGCUGCGCGAACCAUGGUGAUAGAUGAAAAAGUACCAGAGAAAGACGAGGAAGAAUUUGUGUUUUGA